AUGUCUGAUCCAGCCGCUGCCGAAAACGAGACAGGCUUACCUCCACCUGCGCCGCCUCUCCCGCCCAGUCGUUCCGUACCCUCCCAGACAGCCGUCCAUCGCACAGGUAUACCCAUUACCGCUCUCGAUAUAAACCAGUCCGGGACACAUGCGAUCCUUGCGGGAAAAGAGAUCCUCAAAACCGUCCAUAUCUACGAAGGGAAGGUAACUGAGGACCUGAACCUUCGGGCCUCCAUCAAUUCGUACUCCUCUGCCCAUACGUCGCCUCAGUUUGACUGGGCCGCAAGACGCAGGGACUUCCUGCCAGCAAGAGAUGUGAGAUGGUCUACCGGUAAUUGGGCACACCUAGUUGCCACCGCCGCCACAAAUGGCCGCAUUGCACUGUAUGAUCUGACAGCUCCUGGCCCGAGGAUGGAGCUGGCAUGGCUGCAUGAACAUACCGGCCAGAUCAACAAGCUGGACUUUGAUCCUCAUGCCGGCUACUUGUUGCUGUCAGCAUCCCAAGACAAGUCGGUAAGAUUAUGGGAUAUGCGUGAGCCAAAACCAGAAAAAUCUCGGCAGCGGUUUGAUGUGCGCAGUGCUGUGAGGGACGUUCGUUGGUCACCGUUUGAGCCUUUUGAUUUCGCUGUCUGUGCUGAUGGCGGAGUUGUCCAGAAGUGGGAUGCUCGUUCUCCCGCAGGACCAAAGUUGAGUAUCAAUGGCCAUGAGAAGGCGUGCUACUGUCUCGAUUGGCACCCGGAUGGUCGCCACGUGAUUUCUGGAGGCUUUGAUAAAUUCGUUCGAGUAUGGGAUUUUCAAAGCGACAACCGACGGCAAAAGCCAGUUCUGCAAUUUCGUGCACCACAUGCUAUCAGGAACAUCAGGUGGAGACCUCCCUGUAGGGAAGCAGAGUCCGCGGCGAACCAGUUGCAGAGCACUCAAGUGGCGGUGUCCUAUUACCACGAUGAUUCGCGGCUUCACAUUUGGGAUCUCAGACGACCCCUGCUGCCGUUUCGAGAACUUGACAGAUAUGCUUCGCCUGCCAAUGAUCUCCUUUGGGCGGAUCAAGACUUGCUUUGGACUGUUGGAGACGAAGGAGUCUUCACCCAAUGGGACGUGAAACAUGCCGCUCCUUUGUAUAAUCAGCUUUCUCCUGGUGCUUCGCUGUUCAUGCCGGAUGGACAGUACUAUACGUUUACUGAAGACAGAGAGACUCGCCACGCACCUGGACUAGAUGAUGCUGCCUUGGGGUUUCUGAGCGUUCCCGCGGACAAAUUGAGCAGCGGGGAGGAUGCCGCAAUCAGCCGCAGUUUUACAGAUGACGAGGCAAGUCAAGAACCGACCAGUGGAACUGGAAUCCGACGACCUGGUCGAGGGCCCGCGUCGUCGAAAUCUACGAGAUCGCUAGCAAAUAGCCCCCCUUCUCUGGACGACAAACCGCACGUGCUUUCAUUGGAUCGGACUGUUAUUGAUCGUCAAGACCUCUUUAGCAAUGAACAGGUGGGUGCUGCAGGCUACAUUCCUGGCGUGGCCGCCGAGCCGGAGGUUGUAGAAUACCUGGCCUCAAACUGGGCGACCCCGGCCACAGAAGACGAAAGAAAACACGAUCCAAAUGCCAUUCUCCCUCGACUGGAGGAUGCCUUCAACCAGAAUGCGAGGGCCUGUGACAUGGUGUCGAUGCAUCGUAUGGCACAGUCUUGGAGGAUCCUAUCAGCCGUUAUAAUUCCAGAACUGAAAGACUGGGCAGAUGGCAAUCGGGCCAAGAGAAGGGCGGAUGCCGCCAGACGACGACAGAACCUAGAAAACUUUCGUUCAGGGACGACAAGGCCUGGUCUUUCUCCGCUAGCUGGGUUGCCAACUCGAAAGGGCGACCACAGGUCACAUACUCUCAUAAGCAGCUUGUUCAAGUCAUCUGAACGGAAACAUUUGGGAAAUGAGAUGGAUAGUACUUCGAACAUGACUACUCCUCUCGCCAAACCUUUGCCAGACACGCCUCCUUCCGAGCGAAGAAGAUGGAGUCACUCCAGCAGUGAUGAUGAGAGCAUCGAUGAAAUCGUACCACUUCCCCCGUCAGUCUUGACCUCGCAUUCGACCGCUGCCGCUGCCUCUCGGGCUCUUCUGGAUAGCCCUGGACGAGUCACCAAAUCCACUCCCUCUUCGCCCGAAACUUUAAGACCUAAACAGUCCAGCAGGUCACAGCCUUCCAGUGAAACCCCAGCUGCCGAGCAGUAUUUAGUUCAGGGCAGUGUACGAGCUUCAGCCGAUGUGGCGACAAUGCAAACUCCACCGCAGGAAAAUCAGACCCAAGAACAGAGGAGAGCGGCUCUGAAAAAUUACCGCGUACAGGCAAGACCUAUAUUCUCGUUCGAAGAUAGCGCGCACACGCCAGCCUCGGAGGUACAUCCAGACUCAGGAGAUAGCUUUCCAAUGUUCUCGGCAUCAACAGAUAGCUCACACAAGGCUCGGUCUAUGGGACGGUCCGCUGACUCAAAUCGGAGUGAUGCUAGGCCUUCUGCUCAACGUGGAGGUUCCGAGUUCGAUGACGAUUCUGAUCAUUCUUCUCUUGAAGGCACGGGGGUCAAGCGGCCUCAUCUGCAGCACGGGCAAAGCGACCGAUCGGUAGCGCCAGAGAGGCGGGUAUCUGAUUUUGAGGCCCCCUUGGACAUGAGCUUCGACCAAAACCGAUUGGACCGCAAUGCUCUGGACUUCCACAUGCAGGGUGACAAGUCUGCAUGGCAACCCACUUCCCAAUCUGGUCGGGGGCAUGGUUUUGAAGCUGGGCCUGGGCCUGGGCCUGGGCCUGGGCAUAUCAUGACAUCUACGUCCCAGGACGACACAAAUGUCUCUUCUUCACUGGAAGCGCGUUCUUUUGAUGACCAUCUCCCAGCCCAGAAACCACAGAUAUACACGUCCAACCCACUGCGCCUAGAGACUUCAGAGGCCAUCAGUUCUCGCGAUUUCCACAGACAAAACGAAUUGUUCCACACCAUACCCAUGGAUGAACUUGACAGUGAGACAUACCUCUACCAGGACUUUCGACCCAUCGAUCUUUCACACUAUGAACCAAAGCUUCCCUUCGCGUGGUCAGCACUACCUUUGAUCUGCCAUAGCAUUGCAUUCGAUUUGGAAAAUGGAAUUGGACAUUGCCAAUUUGCUGCACAUCUCCUGAUGCACACCCAUCCGUUUUUUUUCCAUCCAGAGUUCCGAAGGUCCACAAACGGUAACAGUCACGAUGGGAACAGCCUAGCUGACAGGCUCAUGACGCCACACCUUGGACACAGGAUCAUUGAAGGCAUUCUGGAGGGUCAUUUGUUAUUUUUACAGCAAAUGGCUUUGUUCGCAUCAGCAGCACUGAUAAGAAAGCAGGCGGUGGAACUGAGUUAUUCCAAACUCUACAGUAUGACACAGGCUAGCAAGCAAGCCAACGGUAGUCUUGCCAACGGAGAUGGUAUGAGCCUGUCAAUAGCCUGCAGCCAUUGCCAAAUGCCCAUGGCGGUCGGCCAGAGAGUCUGUGAGCGAUGUCAACUAGCCAGGUCUGUAUGUCCGGUCUGCCAGUCCCUGACACAUGAGGCUGUCGGCCACCGAGAGUCGUUGGGUGACGGGGUGCGUAGCUGGGGCCAAGGUCAGGACUUUUGGUGCUUUUGCCAGGCUUGCGGACACUCGGGGCAUGCGUCCUGCUUGAGUGCAUGGUUUGAUCAGCCCUUCAGCGAAGGUACAUGUCCCAGCCAAGGCUGCGGCUGCGACUGUGGCCCCGGCAUGACCAGGCAGCUUCGAGUUCAGCAACAGAUCAAGCGGGAAGAGGAAGCGAGACUUAUUCGCGGGUCUGGUUCUGGAAGAGUAUCUACUAAGCGAGAUCCCCUGCGAGCAUCAGCCAGCCCAGCAGUUGACAAAGCACGAGCUGCUUUACGGUCGGCCAUGGACACAGAGAGAUCCACGCAGAGCAGCGAUGAACGGAGUUUCAGCGGGAAGCGUGACGGCAGCCGUGCUGCUGCGUCAGGCUUUGGCAGCUCACGCAAGAGUGUACGGUUGGUCACCCCAGGCGAAGAAUACGGGCAGUCUCAUUCCAAGUCUUGA